CUUCCCGAACAGGAGGAAGUGGGAUUUCCAGGAAGGAAUUGAACGCACCACACCAGUCGGAACACUCCAGCGGUGGUGAACGGACAAGAUGCAGACUAUAAAGUGUGUGGUAGUGGGUGAUGGUGCUGUGGGAAAAACCUGCCUGCUCAUCUCCUACACAACCAACAAGUUUCCCUCUGAAUACGUACCAACCGUCUUCGAUAACUAUGCUGUGACAGUGAUGAUCGGAGGGGAGCCAUACACCCUUGGACUGUUUGACACUGCAGGUCAGGAGGACUAUGACAGACUGCGACCCCUUAGCUACCCUCAAACCGACGUCUUCCUUGUCUGUUUCUCAGUCGUAUCCCCUUCCUCCUUUGAAAACGUCAGAGAGAAGUGGGUUCCUGAGAUUUCUCACCACUGCCCGCGGACGCCCUUCCUGCUGGUUGGAACUCAGGUGGAUUUGAGAGAUGACAGCAACACAAUGGAGAAGCUGGCCAAGAACAAACAACGACCCAUGAGCUCUGAAAGUGGGGAGAAACUGGCACGAGAGCUCAGAGCUGUCAAAUAUGUGGAGUGCUCAGCUCUGACGCAGAGAGGAUUGAAGAAUGUGUUUGAUGAGGCCAUCCUGGCAGCUCUGGAGCCCCCAGACAUCAAACCCAAAAAGCGCUGCUUUCUCCUAUAGAAACCUUCUGCAAGACGUGGAAGACGAGGAGCAGAAGAAGAUGGAGGUGGACGAAGAAGAGAUCAAUCCUGUACGGGAACAGAGGGAGGGAGCACCAAGGGGAGGGGUGUAGACACAUGUUUAAACAGUGCCUUCAGCCGUAGUGACCUAACAUGGGUGUGGUGUUAAAACUGACAGGCGCUUUAUUUUCCUAGUAGAUAAGUCGCUCUAACAUGGUAAACAUUUAUGAACUACACUCCACACUAACAAGUAAACAGGAUUUUCUUUUGAUAAUGGGAUGCGAUGAACUGCAAGGCACGGAUGGAGACAAGUUUACAGCUGAAACAGAAAACCAGUUCCUCAUUUGGAGAAAUAUUUUAGCAAUAAGGCACUGACAGUCUGCAGGAAAUUAAAGAACUAUAUUAUUAGUGUUUAAACACCUUCCCUUUUAUGUGCCAGCUUUACUUCUCUGUACAUCAAGUUUUAUGUGCGUUCAUUUUCUUUUUCCUUUUUGUUUCUUCUGCCAUAAAUCUUUUUCUAGUGCCAAAAAUGCAUUUUGAAUCCAUAUAUUUAUUUGAAAUGGCAUUCUAAAAGGUUAAUAGAAACACAAUAAGUGCUUUGCUUAUGCCACUGGAAUUCAGUUUUUGGAGCAAACUAUAUAACUUAAAGGCAUUUUUAAUGUUAAAAUCUUUACAUCCACAACUAUGUCUAAGUGAGUUUAA